AUGGGGAGUCCAUGUGAACUUCCAGGCUGCUCUGCAUACUCACCUCUCUACAUCAGCCACACACACACUGACUCCAGGAUGGCCUGGCUGGAUGAGGCGGAGGACAUCAAACCGCCCCGCAGCUUGUUGGGGCUGCCUGAGCUCGGCUGGCCGGGGGUCUACGUCCCCUGCUACAACAGAUUAGCUCUAGAGGAGAACUCCUGGGUGCUGAGGAUGACAGAGGCCCCGGCUCCUGCUGCGCCUCCCUCCAGGACUCUCGAGAUGAGCCCAGCCAAGCCCAGCCAGACCCAGGUCCCCUCCUCUGAGAUGCAGGGUCAAGUGGAGGAGCGCUGUCUGGAGCAGGUGCAGACCAUGGUGGUGGGAGAAGUGCUGAAGGAUGUCAACACGGCUUGCAAACUGCUCAACAUUGCACCAGACCCGUUGGACUGGAACUGUGUGCACGUUCAGAAGUGGCUGCUCUGGACCGAACAAAUGCACAGGCUGCCGCAGGCCAGCACGAUGUUUCAGGAGCUGAGCGGGAGGGAUCUGUGCUCCAUGACAGAAGCAGACUUCAGACAACACUCGACGCAGUUUGGAGACACGCUGUACGCUCAUCUGGAUAUCUGGAGAUCUGCUGCAGCAAUGAAGGAGCGCUGCCCACCUGAAGACAGCAAAUCUGCAGCUGAUGAUCUCUCCUGGUCAGAUGUGAUGUGUAACUACCCCAGCCAGCCCAUCCACCUGUGGCAGUUCCUCCGAGAGCUGCUCCUCAAGCCUACAGACUACAGCCGCUGCAUCCGCUGGCUUAACAAGGACAAAGGGAUUUUCAAAAUAGAAGACUCAGCUCUUGUGGCCAGGCUAUGGGGAAUCAGGAAGAACCGCCCGGCUAUGAACUAUGACAAAAUGAGUCGCUCUAUACGCCAGUACUACAAGAAAGGAAUCAUCCGAAAGCCUGAUAUAUCACGCAGACUGGUCUACCAGUUCGUCAACCCCGUAUGAUGAAGAGGAUCGGCUGAUCCGAAAAGAAUGAAUUGAGGAGGAAACAAAGAUAUGCUGGACAUACAUACAGAAACAUGAACUCUGAAGCUCAAUCGUUCAUUGUACAAGAUGUUUCACUUCAAUUGAAAAGACUGCCUACUUAACUAUGCACUCCUGCCUAUCAUUUUAUUUGUCUUAAGCACUCUUGUUGGAAAUGUAUCUUUGGUGUGAUGUCUGGUUUCUCAAAAGGACACAUAUUUCUUCUAUGGAAACAAUUAAAAGAAAUAAUGCUAGUUUGCUUUCUUGUCGAGAGUGAGAUGAGGAGAUUGAUAUCACUCUCAUAUCCGUACAGUACAUAUUUAGAUGGAGCUAGCAGUCGGCUAGCUUAGAUUAGCAUGUAGACUGCUAGCAGCUAGCCUGGUUAUGUCCUAAGGUUAGAAUAAAUGUGCCUAUUAGCACCUGUAAAGUUCACUAUUUACAUGUUGAUCUUGUUUCUGCAGAGAGCUUAAGGAGUUCUGGUAGGUGAGUUUUAAUACCUUUGGACAGAGCAUGGCUAACUAAGCUAACGAGCUGGUGACUAGCUUAAUAUUUAGCAUACAGACAUCGUAGUAAGUGGUAUCAAUCUUCUCAUUUAACUCGUGGCAAGAAAGCUAGCAUCCAAAAUGUCCCAACAUGUCAAAGUAAUCCUUUAAAUUCAGUUUUCCCAUUUAAGUGUCAGAAUAUUUAGAAGUUGCAGCGCAAUGCCAAAGUAAGUGAAUAUUUGAUUAAACCUGCCUUGAUGGAUAAUCCUUUUUACAUUUAUAUUUUAGGGAUUAUGUUCAGGAUCCAGAAUAAAGCAAUAUACUACCAAAUGUUGUGUCCUUUAAAAAGUAGAAACAAGGAAUUA